AUGGGUGUGGAGGAGGAGCACGACGGCGAGGAGCAGCGCCGCCCCCUCCUCUCCUCCCCCCCGCCAGCCGCGGCGGACCAGCACCAGCAGCAGUACCAGUUCCUGGGCCGGAGCAGCUCUUCAGUGCUGCGCGGCGGUGGCGGGGGCUGGGAAGGGCCCGAGGUGAGCGCCGACGAGGUCAGGUCCGCCGCCGCCGCCGGCUUCUACACGCCCCAGGCUCCGCCUCCCCACGGCGACCACGCCUACGCUUACCCGCCGUCCAUCCACAGCGCCGUGCUCUCCCCGUCCCCAUCUCACGCCCCAUCGUCUCCGCAUCCAAAUGCUGCAGAAGGGUUGGCGAUUGUUCCUCAAGGGCCAUAUCCGUACGGUGGCAGUUACCAACCUUCUGAGACCGUCGGGAGGGAUGUACUGGAUGAGGUGGAGAUCCGACAGCUGCUCAUUGACCAUAUUGGACAUCAUUUCUGUUGGGGAAGUCACCCUGCCCGCACAUGGAAAAUUACCUCCAUUGAGGACUGCAAUGUCUAUGUUGGCACCUUGGAAACCUUCAUCGAGGAAAGGCACAUUAUUACAAAAAAGGAACCCUAUGAAAGUGGGAAUAUAGAUGGAAGAGAAAAAGGUCCUUUGCUUGGAUUGUGGGAACUAGAUUUGAGGUCUAAGUUUCCUGCACUUUUUGUACCAGAGGAAGAAGUGAUGGUCAAGAUUCCACAUUCAGAUAUUAUUGAAAAAUGCUCAGACUGUGAGGGUCGUGGAGAGAAACCAUGCCCUACAUGCAAUGCUGGUCAGGAGCACGGGUUUUAUAAAGCAAAUCAGAUGACCCGGUGUGGUGCAUGUCAUGGCCGAGGUUUACUUGCUCACCAAGAUGGAUCUGAUACAAUAUGCGGAAUGUGCAAUGGUAAAGGAAUGUUACCUUGUAUAGCAUGUGGAUCACGUGGCUUGGUGACAUGCGACACAUGUACUGGAUAUGGUUCCCUCCUUGCACAAAGCAUAGCUCAUGUUCAAUGGAAGACUCUUUCAGCUAGAAAAGUCAGUGCAACUAGAGGGGCUGCCUCGGUCCCUGAAGAAGUUUUCCACAGAGCCAAAGGAGUGCAGCUAUGCAACAUACAGGCAUAUCAGUGCACUCCUGCAUUUUUUGCCGAUUCAUACCCACUCAACCAGUUUUCCUCAGAAGUCAUCACUAGCCGGCUGCCAGUUCCACCAUCUGCAAGGGUUAUUUCCGAGAGACACAUCAUUUCAGUUGUGCCUGUAACCCGUGUCACAAUGGCCCAUCGCAAGAAAGCAUUUAGCUUCUAUGUUGUCGGCUACAGCAGGGAUGUGUUCAUAAGGGACUAUCCUUCAAAGUUUUCCUGGGGCCUCUGUUGCUGCUUCGAGUGGCUAGGGAAAUAG